CUUGCUGAAGUCUAGAGUUUGCAGCACUCUUUGACAACUACACCUAUUUUAGAGUGAAAUGCAUGGAUUUUUAUCCAAAAUGAAGUUCAUCAUUUUCUUCAUCUACAUAACUUUUGUUUACUCAGAGUCGCACACCUUCACCACACUUUACACUGAAAUAAAUGGACAGGCGAUUGCAGGAAUCCCAGAGUUUUUUGCCGUGACUACUCUGGAUGGACGACAGAUUGAUUAUUAUGACAGUGAGAUAAAGAAGCUGAUUCCCAGACAGGACUGGAUGAAGAAGUUUAUGUCUGGAGACAGAUUUAAAGAAUACAAUGAGAUCAGAGAACGAGUACAGCAGACCAAUAAAAUCAACAUUACUGUUAUAAUGCAGCAAUUCAGUCAGUCAUAUGGUGUUCACACGUAUCAGAGGAUGUAUGGAUGUGGUUGGGAGGAUAAGACUGGAUACUCACAAGGUUUUGAUCAGUACGGAUAUGAUGGAGAGGAUUUUAUCUCACUAGAUUUGAAGGCGCUCAGAUACGUCACAGCUGUACCACAGGGAUUAAUAACAACAGAGAAGUGGAAUAAUGACACAGCCCAUCUUAAAUUACUGAAUCAAUACUACCAACAUGAGUGUGUUUACUGGUUAAAACAUUUUUUGAUGUUAAGAAAAGUGGAUUUAGAGAGAAGAGCUCCUGUAGUGUCUCUGUUACAGAGGCAUCCCUCAUCUCCUGUAGUGUGUCAUGCCACAGGUUUUUACCCACCAGGGCUUACUAUCACCUGGUUAAAAAAUGGACAGGAUCAAGAUGAGGAUGUGGAUUAUGGAGCUCUGCUACCAAAUGAAGAUGAGACCUUUCAGAAGACUUCUACCCUCAUUAUUGAACCAGAAGAGUGGAAGAAGAACCAGUUUGUUUGUGUGGUAGAGCACAUGGGACGGACCUUCCGGAAGAUUCUGACUGAGAAUGAGAUCAAGAGUAGCACCAAAGCUGUCCACUGUUGCGGUUUUACUGAAGCUGUGAUCCGAUUGGUCCUCUCUGCUCUGGUGGGCGUGGCUACUGUCAUUCUUCUGGUUUAUGGCAUCAGAUCCAGCUAAACAAGAUCAAACACAUAUUUCCAAAUCAAGUACAUACCUGAUGUCAUUUCCUAACAGUUUUUUUUAUACAUGCAUGCCAUUUAAAAGAGCUAGUUCACACAAAAAUGAAAAUUAGCCCAUGUUAUACUCACCGUCAAGGUAUUCUAGGUGCAUAUGACUUUCUUCCGAUCUGAUCAGUGUUAUAUUACAAUUU